UCAUGACCCUUAUCGCUGUUUUUGUUGAACACCCAAAUCCUAAUAAAAACCCUAGCUAGUCCUAUUACUGCUUCUUUCGUCUUAGUUCUCAAAUCAUAACCCUCAUCUCUGCUGCCUUCAAACAAAAGAACAACGUACGUACGCGACCAUGUGGUACAAAGUUGCGAACGCUUCAGAGUAUCUAGUGAUCACCGGCGUCGGAAUCGACGACAUCAAGCUUGCAAAGAAGGCAUGGAUUAUGCCCGGCCAAACCUGCACCGUCUUCGACAUGACCCCCGUCAACUACACCUUCCAAGUCCAAGCCAUGAGCUCGGAAAUGCUCCCCUUCACCCUCCCCGCCGUCUUCACCAUCGGACCCCGCACCGACGACAUGCCCAGCCUCCACAAGUACGCCAAGCUCCUCUGCCGCCACGAUCAGCUCUCCAACAAUGUGAGAGACCUUGUCCUGGGCAUCAUCGAGGGUGAGACGCGGGUUCUCGCUGCCUCAAUGACAAUGGAGGACGUGUUUAAGAUGACAAAAGAGUUUAAGGAACAGGUGUUUGACAAGGUACAGUUGGAAUUGAAUCAAUUCGGGCUGUGGAUAUACAAUGCAAAUGUCAAACAGUUGGUGGACGCUCCGGGGCAAGAGUAUUUUAGUUACUUGGGGCAGAAGAUACAAACGGAGGCGGCGAAUAAGGCUAGGGUUGACGUGGCGGAGGCGAAGAAGAACGGGGAGAUUGGGUCGAAAGAGAGGCAGGGGCUGACGCUGCAGAACGCGGCCAAGAUUAAUGCGAAGACGAAGAUUUUUAGGACGAAGAGGGAGGGAGAGGAGAAGAUGGAGGGGAUUAGGACAAGGACGCAGGUGAAGGUGUUUGAGAAUGUGAGGGAGGCUGAGGUGGCGGAGGCCGAUGCUGAUCUGAUGAAGAAGAAGGCCGGGUGGACCAAGGAGGCGCACGUGGCGGAGGUGGAGGCUUCGAAGGCGGUGGCCUUAAGGGAGGCGGAGUUGCAAAAGGAGGUAGAGAGGAUGAAUGCCUUGACUAGGAAGGAGAAGCUUACGGCUGAGUUAUUGACUGAGGCCAAUGUUGAGUAUGAAACCAAGGUGCAAUCGGCAAAUUCGGAGUUCUACAAAGAACAAAAAGCUACGGAUGCAGUUCUUUACCAACGAGAGAAAGAGGCUGAGGCACAAAAAGCAACUGCAGAGGCACAACUCUAUGCCCGUCAACAAGCUGCUGAUGGAGACUUUUAUGCCAGGAAAAAAGCGACGGAGGCAGAGCUCUAUGCUAGUCAACAAGCUGCUGAUGCAAAAUGUUAUGCAAGAAAAAAAGAGGCUGAGGGACUCAUGGCCCUCGGACACGCCCAAGGCACAUAUCUGCUCUCUCUUCUGGACCCAGUCGGAGGCAACUAUGCAGCUAUCAGGGACUUUAUGAUGAUCAAGAGUGGCAUGCUUCAAGAAGUUGCUAAGAUCAAUGCUGAAGCGGUGCGUGGUCUAAAGCCAAAGAUUAGCGUUUGGACUAAUGGCUGCGGGGAGAGUGGUGCCAAUGGGGCUAUGAAGGAGAUUGCUGGUGUUUACAAGGCGUUGCCACCACUGUUCAAUACAGUUCAUGAACAAACUGGCAUGAAGCCACCGGCUUGGAUGGGCACUUUAACAAAGAACAAGGAACGUACGUGCGUAACCAUGUUGUGGUACAGAGUUGCGAACGCUUCAGAGUAUUUAGUGAUAACCGGAGUCGGAAUCGAUGACGUCAAGCUUGCAAAGAAGGCAUGGAUUCUGCCCGGCCAAUCCUGCAGCGUCUUCGAUAUGUCCCCCGUCAACUACACCUUCGAAGUCCAAGCCAUGAGCUCCGAAAAGCUCCCCUUCAUCCUCCCCGCCGUCUUCACUAUCGGUCCCCGCGUCGACGACGUGCCCAGCCUCCACAAGUACGCUAAGCUCCUCUGCCGCCACGAUCAGCUUUCCAGCCACGUCAAAGACCUCGUCCAGGGCAUCAUCGAGGGCGAGACCCGCGUUCUGGCCGCCUCGAUGACGAUGGAGGACGUGUUCAAGGGGACCAAAGAAUUUAAGAAAGAGGUGUUUGACAAGGUUCAGUUGGAAUUGAAUCAAUUCGGGCUUUUGAUUUACAAUGCAAAUGUCAAACAGUUGGUGGACGUCCGUGGGCAUGAGUAUUUUAGCUACUUGGGGCAGAAGAUACAGAUGGAGGCGGCGAAUAAGGCUAGGGUUGAUGUGGCGGAGGCGAAGAAGAAAGGCGAGAUAGGGUCAAAAGAGAGGGAGGGGUUGACGCUGCAGAACGCGGCCAAGAUUGAUGCAGAGACGAAGAUUUUUAGGACGCAGAGGGAGGGAGAGGGGAAAAUGGAGGAGAUUAAGACGAGGACGGAGGUGAAGGUGUUUGAGAAUAUUAGGGAGGCUGAGGUGGCGAAGGCCAAUGCUGAGCUGGCAAAGAAGAAGGCUGGGUGGGCAAAGGAGGCGCAUGUGGCGGAGGUGGAGGCUUCGAAGGCGGUGGCGUUGAGAGAGGCGGAGUUGCAAAAGGAGGUGGAGAGGAUGAAUGCCUUGACUAGGACGGAGAAGCUUAAGGCUGAGUUAUUGACUGAGGCCAGUGUUAAGUAUGAAACCAAGGUGCAAUCGGCAAAUUCGGAGUUCUACAGAGAACAAAAAGCUGCGGAUGCAAUUCUUUACCAAAGAGAGAAAGAGGCUGAGGCACAAAAGGCAACUGCAGAGGCACAUCUCUUUGCUCGUCAACAAGCUGCCGAUGGAGACUUUUAUGCGAAGAAGAAGGCGACAGAGGCGGAGCUCUAUGCUCGUCAACAAGCUGCUGAUGCAGAAUGUUAUGCAAAGCAAAAAGAGGCUGAGGGACUCAUGGCGCUCGGACAAGCCCAAGGCGCAUAUCUACGCUCCCUUUGGGAUGCGCUUGGAGGCAACUAUGCAGCCAUGAGGGACUAUAUGAUGAUCAACAGUGGCAUGUUUCAAGAAAUUGCUAAGAUCAAUGCUGAAGCCGUGCGUGGUCUUCAGCCGAAGAUUAGCAUUUGGACUAAUAACGGUGGGGAAGGCGGUGACAGUGGUGCCAACGGCGCUAUGAAGGAGAUUGCUGGUGUUUACAAGGCAUUGCCACCAUUGUUCAAUACAGUUCAUGAACAAACUGGCAUGAAGCCACCAGCUUGGAUGGGCACUUUGUCCAAUUGUCCUUCCACCAACUCGACUCUCGAUAGCAACUGAACUCUGAGUUGUGUUCCAUCAAAAGUACUACCAUCUAGCCAAGAUGGUACAUGUG